ACAACAGCUGGCAGCACACAGAGAGAGAGAGAGAGAAAGAAAGAGAGAGAGAUAGCAAGCAAGCAGAGAGCAGGCAGAGAGCAAGCAGAGCAGGAACACUCAUCUGCUGCCUGGCUGUACAGUAUAGACAUCACCGCUUUGACUGCUGCUUUCUGUAAGAAAAUAAACACCAGCGACUUCUCCGACUUGUACACAGCUCAAGGCGCAUGCUCAGACUAACUGACGGUGCAGUUGUUUUAUUCAGGAACUCAGAGACACUGAAAGGUUUUAAAGAUGACAACUUCAUGGAGUGACAGACUGCAGAACUAUGCGGACUUGCCUGCCAACAUGGACGGCCUGACAAUGAAAAAAUACAGAAGAGAGCCAUACCACAGAGUGUUUGUCAACAGAAGCUUGGCAAUGGAGAAGAUUAAGUGCUUUGGCUUUGAUAUGGAUUACACUUUAGCAGUGUACAAGUCACCGGAGUACGAGUCAUUAGGUUUUGAGCUCACAGUGGAACGGCUGGUUUCCAUUGGUUACCCCCAGGAGCUGCUCAGCUUUGUCUACGACCCAUCCUUUCCCACCAGGGGCCUUGUGUUUGACACCAUGUAUGGAAACCUGUUGAAGGUUGACGCCUAUGGUAAUAUCCUGGUCUGUGUCCAUGGUUUCAACUUCCUCCGAGGCCCUGAGAUCCGUGAACGAUACCCAAACAAGUUUAUCCAGAGAGAUGAUACAGAGCGCUUUUAUAUCCUUAACACACUCUUUAACCUGCCAGAGACCUACCUCUUUGCUUGCCUGGUGGAUUUCUUCUCCAACUGUGACCGAUACACAAGCUGUGAGAGUGGCUUCAAAAAUGGCGACCUCUUCAUGUCCUACAAGAGCAUGUUCCAGGAUGUCCGUGACGCCGUCGACUGGGUCCACUUCAAGGGCACUCUGAAGGAGAAGACGGUUGAGAACUUGGAGAAGUAUGUAGUGAAAGAUGGGAAGUUGCCUCUUCUCCUCAGCCGAAUGAAUGAAGUCGCCAAGGUUUUCUUGGCUACCAACAGUGACUACAAAUACACUUAUAAAAUCAUGACCUACCUGUUUGACUUCCCUCAUGGCCCGAAGGCUGGUACCUCCCACCGGCCCUGGCAGUCCUACUUUGAUCUGAUCCUGGUGGACGCCAGGAAGCCGUUGUUCUUCGGAGAGGGUACAGUGCUCAGACAAGUCGACACGACAACAGGACGUUUAAAGAUAGGAACCUACACAGGACCUCUGCAGCAUGGUAUAGUCUACUCUGGAGGUUCCUCAGACAUUGUGUGUGACCUGCUGGGGGCCAAGGGGAAGGACAUAGUCUACAUCGGGGACCAUAUCUUUGGAGACAUCCUCAAGUCCAAGAAACGUCAAGGCUGGAGGACGUUCCUGGUUAUACCGGAGUUGGCCCAGGAGCUGCACGUGUGGACUGACAAGAGCUCCUUAUUCGAGGAGCUACAGGGGCUGGAUAUUUUCUUGGCAGAACUCUACAAACAUCUGGACAGCAGCAGCAACGAGAGGCCAGACAUCAGCACUAUUCAGAGAAGAGUCAAGAAAGUGACACACGACAUGGACAUGUGCUACGGCAUGAUGGGUAGCCUCUUCCGCAGCGGCUCCAGACAGACCUUGUUUGCCUCUCAAGUGAUGCGUUACGCUGACUUGUACGCAGCCUCCUUCAUCAACCUGCUGUAUUACCCCUUCAGCUACCUCUUCAGAGCUGCACACGUUCUGAUGCCACAUGAGUCGACGGUUGAACACGCCCACGUGGACAUUGACACGGAGUCGCCGCUGGCCACACGCAACCGCACCCACUGCAGCGACUGCAAGGACCUGGAGUGCAAACGCAACCAGCUCACCCGCUCUUUCAGUGAGAUCAAACCUCCCAACCUGUUCCCCCAGACUCCGCAGGAGAUCACUCACUGCCACGAUGAGGAUGAUGAUGAGGAAGAGGAAGAGGAGGAGGAGGAAGAAGAGGAGGAGGAGGAGGAGGAGGAGUAAUACGCAUAAAGAGGAAAGCCACGUUCCUGUUCCUGCCUUCUUAUGUUUCCCAGUAGAGUCAGGUAGUUACCUCUCUCAAAGUGAGGCAGAGAGGAAAAACAUCUCCAGUGCGUGUGUGUAUAUAUCCAUACUGUAUGCACACAAACACUCACACACACACACACACAUACUGGAGAUUUCUAUGGAAAGUGAAAAGGACCAGUAGCAAGACAGAUCAUAUGACUGUCAGAAGACCAUAUGCAUGCUUGGUCCUCUAAACCCAAGUUUUCCUAGCUUCAUUAUAGAAAAAUACACUCUAUGGUUUUUAAUUGAUUUAAUUUGAUUUCUGCAUUAUUCCCGUCAGACAGACUCAUCGCUGAAUGUUUUAUAAGCUGACUUUUAAGACCUGCUGGUGGAUUAGAUAGAUGUAGUCACAUUUACACUUAAAUCCAUCCAAUAUGGUCAGUAAACUGUAGUUUUAAUUCCAACAGACUUGCCUUGCUGACACAGUAUGCAAAUUAUAAUCAAACAAAAAACACUUUGCAGUUGCGGUGUCAAAAAAAAAAGAGAAAAAAGAAAAGAUGCACAUACUGUAUUAAAACAGACAUUUUUUACUGCAACAUGGGAACAACAUUCAUAUUUUUUUUUUCAAUCUGUUUAGUUUCAUCUUGUCUGUUUUCUUGUUGUUAUGGAGGAGUGCUUUGUUCUAACUUGUAUGUAAAGGUGUGCGCGCGUGUGUGUGUCUGCCAAAAUAGACAGCAUCCUGAGUGAGGGUAAACUAUCCAUCGUACUAAACCGAAGCACAGGAGCACUGAAGCACAAGCUGGCGUUAAACCAAUCAAUAACCAGAUGCAUUUUUUGUGUGAAGUUUGGCUGAGGAAACAUGUUGUGUUCCCAGAGUGGCUCUUCAACUGAUAUUUGGUUACCAAGCAACAAUGAGGACAAAGUACUGUAAACAUAUUUUAUGCUGAUAGACUCUAUGACAACCCUGAACUACGACAGUGUUUCUGUAAAUAGCGAUCAGGUGAAUGGUUUAACGCUAACAUGCAGUAUUUUUUCCACUCGGUUAUUUAGGAAGAUGGAACUCGAGUAUUUCAUUUGACUAUUUCAGAGCGCUUUAUUGUGGUAGGGGAGAUGAACAAUACAACACAGUUUGGAUCAGCUCAAGCAGAGAUGUUUGAAGUGAUCUUUGUCAGGUGUGUAAUGCAAAGAAAAGAGUAUGCAAGGAAACAAGGAUUUUUAGGUUCAGUAGGUCUACCGAAGUGCAGACUGUGAUUGGCCUGCUUCGUUUAUCUCCUUUAGUUUUUGGGCUUUGUUGGGCGUUCGUUUAAUCUGCCGACCUCCAAUUGUUGGCAUCAUCCGCUGGGGGUAAUCGUGUUAGCAGAGAGCGUGGGGUUGAGUGCGUACAGUAUUCUUCUGUUGGGCCCCGAGCACUGUGAAGUGACUCUUUCAUUAUAGUGUCGGUUCUAGCUGUGAUCACUAGUUUAAAGCCUCUUUAUUAUUAAUAAUAGAUAUUAAUAAUAAAAAUAGGCACCCUGACAAUUUAAAAAAAAGAUUUAUUUUUGUUAUGUAUGAAGAGUUUACGUCUCAAAAACUCCUAGUUAACCUGCUUCAGCAGCAGUGUGUCGGUGUGGUUUGACUGAACUGACAUUAAGUGUGUUUCCAUACCCCUGUUUUGAUGUGCAUUUUCAAUUCUGUGCCCCCCAAAAAAAGAUCCUGAGUAAAAAUGCAAUGUAUUUAUUUUAAAAAAAGUCCAAAUAUGCUUUAAAAGUCUUUACUCUUGGUUGAAGUGGAAAGUUGGUGUAUCAAUAGGAACAACAAGGGGACAAAGUGCUAAAUUACGCAUAAAUGAUGACUAAGAAUUGCAGCAGACAACAACAUUAAAUGAAUACAUGAAACAAACCUAAAUGACAAUAUUUCCAUCAUGUUUCCACAUCAUUUUUGUUCAUCUGAAGUUUGAAUGGCACUCUUUUAAUUACGAUACUUCGUUGCACCUUCUUCUUCUGCAGUGGUGGCACCUGAAUCUCAAUCUCAAUAAACCAAUGAACUAAUAUUCUCAAAACGUGCAGUAAUUUGCAUUUUCCUUUACCUAAUUUUUGUAAACCGCUUUAAAAUUCAUAUGGAAACUGUCUCGUGACCAAACAACACCGCCCGCAACUGCCAUCAGAUUUUCAUUCAAAUGUUGCUUUUCCCAACGGAGCCCCGCCCACUUCAAACUAGUGAGAAGAGCACAGAGAAAAACACAGACUCUGCUAUCUCUAAUGUGAAAUAACAAAAACAGUGCGUUCAUGUAAGACCCCAUCGUCCAUAGCGAGACGCUCAUGGAGAACCGCUUUCAGGGCCUUUAACCCAGGUAUCACUUGUGUCUGUUUUAACACGUGUGUCCAAAUGCAGCAGUGCAGUGCCGGUAUAGUAAUAGCACCGAGAGAGCUGCCAGAAUUUCAAACACGGUGACUUGAUCUUUUAUUUUCUUUCCUAUUUUAACAUCCAGUGCAUCCUGUAUGUUAACAUUUCUCACCUUUUAUAUUUAGUCUUCAUAUGUUGGAUCAGUCCUGUAAGUGUUAGAUCGGCCUGUUGAUUUAGGCCACAAAAGGGAAGGAACAUGCCGUCUAUUUAAUACCUGCAUCAUUUUUGCUUUGGCUUGAUUUGGUGUGGACAAAAGGUGAAUGUGUCUAACUGCGACUUUAUGAUGAUUCAUUGGAUGAAACCUUGUAGGACACAUUACAGCUGUUUAUCUUUUAUUUUUUCUAUUCUUUUUUUUCUUUUUUACAAAUGAAAUAGUUGUAUUAUCAAUUUAUAUUUUAGUUUCUUGAACAUAGAAUAACUGGAUAUGCUACAUGAGGCAGCUGCGUUGCUAAUAGGAAAUGGCCGACUGUCUUUUCUUUGCAUAAUUUGCGUAUGCAUGUGAAAAUAACAAGCAUAUCUGUUCUGCCAAGGUGGUUUAUGGUAGCAUUGGUUUUACUUCUAUGUGGGCUCAUUUCAGAAAAAGCUUUUUUUUGACAUUUUAGUAGUUUACGCAGGGACAAAAACAACUGCAAACCUGUACAAAAGAAACUUGCAAUGAAGGGAAAUGUUAACAGCAUGUUAAGUUCCGUAACAAAAAUGUUCCCUGCAAACACCAUUGGGUUAUUUUUAUUUUUCUAAGCUAGUGUUUUUAAAUGGUCCUGGUUUACAGAACUGUAAAUAGACAUUUCCAUUUCCUUUACUUAUCAUUUAUUUUUUUCCAAAACGUUUUUUUUUUUUGUUAACUUUCAUACAAUAC